AUGGAUUCGUCCGAAGCUUCGCGCCUCCUCCAGGCCCGUAUCUCGCAGCUGGAGCAGGAUGCCGCUGGAGAGAAAGACCAAGAGAUGGAAAUAGAAAGAGAAGUAAAGCGCGCCAAUCGAGAUCUUCUACAACAGGUAUCCAAGAUGGACGACAUGCAAAAAAUUGAGCAUCUUAUGAGGCGCUCAAGUGAAUUGUUAGCCGACAUGCGACGCCUGGAAAGAGAAAACCAGAAGAACAAGAAACGCGGAGACGCACUCCAGAAAGAACGAGAUGCUAGCCGUACAGAACUGAGCAAGACCGUGGGAUUGAAGGAGAAACUUGAAAAGCUGUGUCGAGAACUGCAAAGAGACAACAACAAGAUGAAGAAUGAGAACAAAGAGCUCCAGAGUACGCAGAAGCGAAAUAACGCCGCUUGGGACGAAAAAUUCGCAAGCUUGUUAUCGAAACUAGAGGGAUAUCAAGAAGAAAAGGACACCCCCAAGAAACAAGUAGUGGACAUGGAAAUGGAUGAAUUGUUCCGGGUUCGGUUCAAAUCCUUCAUUGAGCAGUAUGAGUUGCGCGAACUGCAUUUUCACUCUCUCAUGCGGACCAAAGAGCUCGAAGUGCAGUACCACUUAUCCCGCCAUGACAGGGAGAAGAAGAAUGCCGAAGCCGAAGCGAAUAAAGCGCGCCAUUUGCAGAACCAGGUCGGAGCGUUUACCAAGACCGAGACGGAGCUUCGGAAUCAGCUGAAUGUAUAUGUGGAUAAGUUCAAACAGGUGGAGGAUACUCUUAAUAAUAGCAACGACCUGUUUCUCUCAUUCCGAAAAGAAAUGGAGGAUAUGUCGAAGAAGGGCAAGCGCUUGGAGAAGGAAAAUGAGACGCUGAAACGUCAAAAAGAGGCGACCACGGCGAAUAUCAUCCAAUUGGCGGAAGAGCGGCAAGACUGGAAGCGGAAGAUUGACGCUGCCGACAAGAAGAACGAGAAGCUCAUGAGCAUCAUCCAGCAGAUGCAGCAACAAGGGCGGAAAGUUCCACGGGAGACUCCCAGCACGGUAGAGGCCAGCACAGUAGAAGUGUGUCCUCCGGAUAAUCACGGGCAUGGAGCCACAGAAGGUGAGGGCGAGGAGAGCGAAUAUUCCGAGGAGGAGGGCGAGGAGGAAGGGCUUAGUGAAUUCGAUGAUGAUACGGAAGAGGAGCCUCAGCCGAGCGAACAGGGACCGCCGCGCUUGUCGCAAUUCCUCGACCGUCCGCUGUUCCCAUGGAAGAGGCUCGUCCUGGGCUUCUCCCUGGGCCAGUUUGUCUUCGAAUCGUUCCUCACCUUCCGCCAGUACCGUGUCCUCCAGUCGCCCAAAGCCCCCGCCGUCCUCGCCAAAGAAGUCUCCCAGGAAGAUUUCGACAAGUCGCAAGCCUAUGGCCGCGCCAAAGCUGAAUUCUCCGUCGCCAGCGGCCUCUGGGGCCAAAUCGUCAACUUCGCCUUUAUCCAGCUCGAUGUCAUGCCUAAACUGUGGUCAUGGACCGGUGAUUUGCUGCUGAAAUACGCGCCCACGCGCUUCACCGGCGAAAUCUCCCACUCCAUCGUCUUCGUCUUCACCUUCAUGCUCAUCCAGCAGGCUCUCGGUCUGCCGACCAAGAUCUACAGCACCUUUGUCCUGGAAGAGAAGUUUGGCUUCAACAAGCAGACGCCCGGCCUGUUCGUCUCCGAUAUCGUCAAGACCAACCUCCUGACUGCCGCCCUGAUGCCCCCUGUCCUCGCUGGUUUCCUCAAGAUUAUCCAAAAGACUGGCUCCCAGUUUGUCUUUUACACUUGGGUCUUUACCGCCUCCGUGCAAGUUCUGAUGACCACUCUGUACCCCACCUUCAUCCAGCCGCUGUUCAACAAGCUGUCUCCCCUCGAGGAUGGCGAGCUCAAGACCAAGGUUAACGAAUUGGCUGCUCGGUUCAAAUUCCCCCUGCACGAGCUGCACGUCAUUGACGGCAGCAAGCGCAGCGCUCACUCCAAUGCUUUCUUCUACGGUCUGCCAUGGAAGAAGCACAUUGUCAUCUACGAUACUCUGCUGGAAAAAUCUGAAACCGAUGAGGUUCUCUCUAUCCUUGCCCACGAGCUCGGUCACUGGAAAUUGGGCCACACCACGAGCCUCUUUGGCAUCUCUCAGGCCCACCUCCUCUACGUCUUCAGCCUCUUCUCCGUCUUCAUCAACAACCGCUCUCUGUACUCCUCGUUCGGCUUCCACAACGAGCACCCCAUCAUCAUCGGCUUCCUUCUCUUCUCCGACGCUCUGUCUCCAAUGGACACCGUUAUCCAGUUCCUCCUAAACAUGGUCACCCGUGCAUUCGAAUUCCAGGCCGAUGCCUUCGCCAAGGGCCUCGGUAUGCAGACUGAGCUGGCCAGGUCGCUUCUCAAGCUGCAGAUUCAGAACCUCAGCUCUAUGGAUGCUGACUGGAUGUACGCGAGCUAUCACUUCUCGCACCCCCACCUCUCAGAGCGUCUCAAGGCCCUGAACUGGAAGGGAGAGCAAGCCGUUACCAGUGAGAAGGAUGACGAGGGCGUCGUCAAAGCCAGUGGACGCGACGAGUUGUAA